CACACACCGCUUCUCUCCCUUUCAGUGCCUCCUCCGGCUCUCUCUUUCUUUCUCCCUUUCCCCCCUAGCUUCCUUCCCCGAGGGGACUGCCACGUCCAUGCCAGCCGGAGCCCAUCGCGAGGCCGACCGACACCGCCACCGAGAGAACGGACGGCCAGAGGCUUAUUAGCCGCCGCGGCAUGGCGAAGCCCACGCCCGUCGCCACGGCGGAGGAGGCGGCGGCGCUGCGCCGCCGGCUGAGGCGCCUGGUGGCGGCCGUGACCACCGGCGGCGCCGACGGGGACGCCUUCGACGAGGCGGCGUCGGCGCUCGCGGCUCUCAGGGCCGCCGAGCUGGGCCGCCGCAAGGAUGGUGGUGGCCGCGGUGGCGCGGCGGGCGCCGGGGGGAAGAGGACGGCGACGCAGGCAUCGGUGCCGGAGCAGUUCCUCUGCCCCAUCUCGUCCGAGAUCAUGAGGGACCCCGUCGUGCUCGCUUCCGGCCAGACAUAUGAUCGCCGUUUCAUUCAAGAAUGGUUAAGCGCUGGAAACCGAACAUGCCCACAGACUCAGCAGGUCCUCUCGAAUACAAUUCUCAUUGCAAACCACCUUGUUAGAAGCAUGAUCUCACAGUGGUGCACAGAGAAUGGGAUCACUCUUCCACCAGUUGAGGACCGAGAGGAGGAUCUAGUUACCAACAACGAGCGAAAGGCGUGCGGUGAAAUCUUUGAUAGGAUCACUUUCUCAUCAAACAUAUCCGAGCAGAGGCAAGCUAUUAAGGAUCUCCGGCUGUUGACAAAGCGCAAUAGCUCAUUCCGAGCAGUCAUUGGAGAGAAGCCAGAUACCAUCGCGCAAAUGAUUUCUGUUGUCGCCGACUCAGAGUUAGAACACAGUGCAGAAGUUCUUGAGGAUACAGUGACUACAAUUCUCAAUCUUUCAAUCCAUGAGAGCAAUAAGAAGAUCAUUGGAGAUGACCCAACGGCAAUCCCAUUUCUUAUACGGGCGUUGCAGUCAGGGACAAUGGAUGCCCGCAGCAAUGCUGCGGCUGCCAUCUUCAGUUUGUCAGCUCUUGACAGCAACAAGGCAAAGAUUGGCGAGUCAGGUGCAUUAAGGCCUUUGGUUGAUCUUCUUGAACAGGGAAGCAUGAUAGCAAAGAAGGAUGCGGCAUCAGCUAUUUUCAAUCUUUGCAUGUUGCAUGAGAAUAAAUCCAGAGCUACAAAAAGCGGAGUUAUUGAUGUGACUCUGAAGGCCAUCUGCGACGAGUCCCUUAUUGAUGAAUCCAUGGCUAUCCUCGCCCUGUUAUCAAGUGACCAUGAGACGGUGGAGGAGAUCGGCGAGACUGGUGGUGUGCCUUGCAUGCUCCGCAUAAUAAAGGAGGAGGAUCAGUGCAAGCGUAACAAAGAGAAUGCGGUGGCGGUCCUGUUCGCGAUCUGUAUGUACGACCGCUCAAAGCUUAGGGAGAUCGCGGAGGACGAGAGUCUGAACGGAUCGCUUGCUUGGCUCGCGCAGAAUGGCACCACGCGGGCACGUCGGAAGGCUGCUGGCAUCCUCGACAAGCUGAAGAGGACCAUGCACGCCACACAUUACUCCUGUUAGCUCUGGAUGCGGCAGAUAUGUAAUUAGGAGAGCAAAUAAGAGGGAGAUGUUCAUUUGGUGUACAUAUUGGUUGCGUAUAUAUCUACUCUUGGUUCGGUACAUAAGGUUACAGUUUCAGAGUAAGCAGUGGAGGGUGGUGCCCCCUUUCCUAGUGAAAGAGUUAUGUUUCCUAUUCAUCUGAAAUUUACAAUUUUAAAAGUGUUUCCGCAGAGCUUUGCCAUCUGGUACCUACAUUUGGCGAUAUAAAUUUUGCUCAAAUGUGAUCAGUUUUACUUUUA